UCAAAAGGCUUCUUCGUGUACAAAUAAAUAGAGCAGAGAUCGAGAGAGAGAGCAAGAGCAAGAGCAAGAGCGGAAAGAAAAUAGCCAUGUCCAGCGUGAAGAGCCUGGAUAGAGCCUUUAAAGUCGAUCGAGCUAUUAAUAAUGCAUCCAAAAACUUCGUGAUCAUCAGAUUUGUAGAUCGAGGUUACUCGGAUUCCGGGAAGGUCACUGACUGGGUAGCAUAUUAUUCCAGGAUCCUAAGCUUUUUCUCAGACAUAUACGAGGUGGAAAAGAAAGAUGUACCUGAACAUGUAGCUCGCUAUAGCUUGUCCGAUCCAGACACGAUAUUAUUCUUCUACAAGGGAAGUGCAGUAUAUCGUCUCUCUACAUCCGAAAUUUUGACUACUAUGAACUCUAAGGAUUUCUUCGACACUACAUUUGAAAUCAUGAGUAAGGUGCUUCAGCCGAGGAGGUGAAGGGCCGAGGGUUUCAGAUAUGUGCCUUUAAUUUCCGGUCAGGAUCAUGCGCACCAGGUUGCCUGCUAUAACUAUUAGUGUGUUGUGGCACAACUCCAAUAGGAGUUUGUGUGUAAAACGCAAAUCUGUCUCUGUUUCUUGUCUUAGCCUUGCAGAUUAAAUAAACUGUCGGGAUUACCCUGCAAACAUAUGGAUUACGUUAUAAUAUAAGAUUAGUACUUGGUUUGAUUUGUUGUUUGGUAUGUACUUAGUGGCUUGUUGUUAAGGCCUGAUCUGAAGUGGUAGCAUAUGAAAAUGAAACGAUUUCACACAA